AUGAGCGCUCCCCAUGAUUAUGACGCUGUCCGUAAGGACAUUGUCGCCCAGCUACAGAAGCCAGGCUACGACGAUGGGAGUGCAGGACCAGUCUUCGUCCGACUAGCAUGGCACUCUUCCGGUACAUAUGACCUCGAAUCCGACACAGGCGGCUCCAACGGCGCCGGCAUGCGCUACGAAGCAGAAGGCGGCGACCCAGCGAACGCAGGCCUCCAACACGGUCGCGCAUUCCUCGAACCCGUCAAACAAAAACAUCCCUGGAUCACAUACUCCGAUCUCUGGACCCUAGCCGGCGUAGUAGCCAUAAAAGAGUUAGGUGGACCUUCCAUCCCCUGGUCCGGCGGCCGAACAGAUCUAGUAAGCGACUCCAAAGUCCCGCCUAGAGGCCGACUCCCCGAUGGUGCUUUAGGCGCCGAGCAUCUCCGCUUCAUCUUCAAUCGAAUGGGCUUCAACGACCAGGAGAUUGUCGCGUUAGCCGGUGGACAUAAUCUGGGUCGAUGCCAUGGGGAUCGUAGUGGAUUUGAAGGACCGUGGGUUACGAACCCAACACGGUUUUCGAAUUCAUUCUUUAAGCUUUUGUUAUCGCUUGAUUGGAAGCCGAGGACGUUGACGACGGGGAUGUCUCAGUUUGUGUAUGAGGAUCCUGAUGCUGAGGAGGAUGAGGAACCGCUGAUGAUGUUGCCGACUGAUAUGGCGCUGAAGACUGAUCCGGGUUUCUUGCCUUGGGUGGAGAAGUAUGCGAAUGAUAAGGAGUUGUUCUUUGAUCAUUUCUCGAAGGUUUUUGCGAAGUUGGUUGAGCUUGGUAUUAAGCGUGAUGAGAAGGGUGUGAUUAUCAAUACUGAUAAUCAGAUGGGUGGGUAUGUCUCUGCGCCGAAGAAGAGUGAUGUGGCUACUGGGCCUAGUAAGAAGAAGAGCGAACCUCGUGCUCGUCUUUGA